GACUGAACAUCGGCUCCCACGCGCGCCGGAAUGUCCUUCAUGCCGAAUCUGUAACGGCCAUGUAUCUACAGUAACCUUGUUUCGAGCCUCUCCCUCACAUCAUACGGUUUAAAAGCAUCUGACCUGACUCGCUGUGAACAGUUUGGCUGAUCAUCCGUCAGGAUGAGUGAGGAAGAGCCGAGCAACGGUCUGAUUCCAGUCAGGAAAUUGUCCCGCAUGCCCAAAUGCUCGCGCUGCAGGAACCACGGCUACGUGUCGCCGCUGAAGGGACACAAGCGCUUCUGUAACUGGAAGGACUGCCAGUGUCAGAAAUGCAGACUUAUCGCUGAGAGACAGCGGGUCAUGGCUGCCCAGGUGGCUUUACGGAGGCAGCAGGCCCAGGAGGAAGAGAUGGGCUUCUGCAGUCCGGUCAACCUGUCCGUGUCUGAGCCGGUGGUCACGAACGAGACGGGAGUUGACUACGUGUUUACCGUGGGCACAAGAGCUCCAUCACCCACCGUGAGCAGUGCUCCCUGCUCCCCAUCUGUCCCAGGGAGCCGUUCCAUGCUGUCUCUGAGUCCUACAGCGACCAGCAGAGGGCACACUGAGGGCACAGCUGACUUGAUGGUUGAUGCAUCAUCCUAUUAUAACCUUUACCAGCCCACACGCUACUCCUCCUACUUCAGCAAUCUGUACAACUACCAGCAAUACCAGAUGCCUGCUGGAGACGGCCGACUGUCCAGCCAUAACGUGUCUCCCCAGUACCGCACACACUCCUACUAUUCACCUUACCUGAGUCAGGGUGCCUGUGUCCCACCCAUUACCUGCCCUGAGCCCAAAGCAGCAGCUUUCUCUGAUGGAGCACAAGCUGACCACAGUUUGACCACAAUGACAAUCAGCUCAAUGACCAGCGAUGAGAGCAAGUUGGAGUGUGAGAGCAGCUCAGAGUCUGGAAACUUUUCUGUGGACUCCAUCAUAGAGGGAGCGACCAAAUGAAAGGCUUUGACAACCUAGCUUUGUACUGGAUUGAUUCUAGUGACAAAAUAGCACUACACUGUUAGUUAUUUAGUAGGACGUACUGAUCAAGUUGAUUAUUGUGUUUGUGUUUUUUUCUUCAGAAUUAUCCUUGACUUUAAUUGGGUUUUAGUUUUAUUCUGUUUUUCUCUAAUAGAAAUGAGCUUGUGAUGAUCAGAUAUGCACUAUAUAUAGUUAGUUUAUUGUGUAGUGUCACUUUGUUUCAAACCGUUUGAUUAAGAUUAAUGGGUUUAAUUCCUUUUGUAAGACAAAACAUGUGAGAAAGAUCAAACCAUAUACACUCCAAUCAGAACUCAGUUGAAGCACAAUGUUGCCGUCAUUGCUCAUAUGGAAAAUAUAACUUCCUUCCUACGACCUUCAUGAUGCCAAAGUUUAUCAGAGUUCUCGGGCAUCUCCACAGUCUUCUGUUGCAGAGGAGGGUGGGGCAGCUGGGUUAGUGUGCAGGUAGACGGGAACCGAUACUAUUAAAUUAUGCUUCAAUCUCACAGCGAACAGCUUGUUUAUUUAUGGCCAUCACUAAAGGAGAUCAUUUAACUUUUGAUGAUUUGCAUCCACCGUGCUCCUACUCAUGAUCCAGCUUAUAGGCAGCACUCUUCUGAGCUUUCUUUGUCUAAUGUUGAGCUGUGCCCUUGAUUUUAAUAGUGUUUGAACUGCUAGUGUCCAUGAAUAAACGUUAAAGGAGAAGGGGACACAAAACUUUGUCUGUUUAGGUUGCUGAAGGUUUUCGUGACACUCUGUUUAACUGUUAAUGCUAAAAUUCUAAAUUGAUUUUCACAGUGUUUUGGAAUCUUCAAGAUCCUUAAAAUGUUUUUGUAUUUUUACAGUUUGAAGAGGUUGAAAAGACACGUGAUUAUCUUUAAAUGAAAAUUCAUUUUUUAAAUAUUUUGUGCAUUUAAACUAUUAACGAACAAUACAUUUUAUGAUGGCUAUUUUUGGACUAACUUAGUAAUGUACUAAUACACACUGUAUAGGCUUCUUCUCACGCUGGUUUUGUGUAAACCUAACCAUUGUGGUGUUAUGGUGUGUUCCCCAACACCAUCAUGUUACAAAUAUUUGUAUUAUUGUUAUCAUUAUAAAACAAUGCAAAAGCUAAUUUGCGAUUGCUGUGUGUUUAUAUUCUCUUCAUGUUCUGUGGAAAUAAAACGGUUAUUGAUGACUGACUUUCAUAGGCUCCACUGCGGGGAGCACAAUAUUAAACCAAAUAUGAAGAUUA